AUGGAAGUCAACGUCCAAUCAUUACGAGAUCAAGAGCAACAUCAUCUUAUUGGAGAAGACUACGUUCAGGCUAUGUGGCAGGAACAUGAAGACCUUAGCGAAAAGCGCUUGGAGGCUUUAGAUAAUUUGGUCAUGGAAAAGCAACGAGUCGCUCGCGCCUAUGACAAGCGGACGCGGGGAUGGAGUUACAGCGAAGGAGAGUUGGUUUGGAAAGCAGUUCUCCCGCUUGGCGAAAAAUUAGAUGGUCGCGGCAAAUGGACUCCAAGAUGUGAAGGCCCGUACAUCAUCUAUAAAAUCUUAGAGAAAGGAGCUUUUCAUCUCAAGGACCUGGAUGGAGAUGUCCAUCAUAGCCCUAUCAAUGGGAGAUACUUGAAGAAAUACUUUCCCAAUGUUUGGGACUCGGAGGAGUCGCAGACAGUUUAUUCGCAUAAGACAUGGGGGACAAUUCUAGUGUUCCUACACUCGCAAAGCCCAUUCAUGAAGGCCUGUUUUUGA